AUGGCGUGUCCCCUGGAACAGGCACUGGCCGUGAUCGUCGCCACCUUCCACAAGUACUCGGGGAAGGAGGGGGACAAAUACAAGCUCAGCAAGCAGGAGCUCAAGGAGCUGCUCAUGAAGGAGCUGCCCAGCUUCAGCGUAAGUAGUCAAACCAGUGAGGCCAGCUUACAGCAGCUCAUGGGCCACCUGGACAGCAACAGUGACAGUGAGGUGGAUUUCCAAGAGUACGUGACCUUCCUGGCCUGCAUGGCCAUGAUGUGCAACGACUUCUUCCAGGACUGCCCCGACAAGAUGCCGCGGAGGAAGUGA